UACUAUGUUCAAGGCAUUGACUUUACAAAAAUAAGAUGAAAGAGUACUCCUUGAUCUCAAUUCUCUUGGGAGAGGGAGCAACGUUCUGACUUCCCUGAUUUUCCCACUUUCAUAUUUUCUUUUACUUGACCCUUUCCCCACUUCCCUCUUUCCUCCUCCCCCAAUUUUUUCCAUCUUCCCACCUGUCACUCUUUUUCUUACCUACCUACCUUAUCUCAUGGGCAGGACCCUUUGUGAGGCUAUCCUUUUGGAGAAACACAGAUGAGUUGGGCAGGUUUCCUUAUCUGUGAAAUGAGGGAAUUGGAGGCACUGCCUGGUGUGAUUGGGAAAAACUGACUUAGAGCCAGGAAAGACCCCAGAUGGAUCAACGCAGCCUUCUUCCUAAUGACCUCUAAGGCCAGAAAGCGAGUGGUCCUCCCCACAAGACCAUCUCCGCCCACAGUUGAACAGAUCCUGGAGGAUGUCCAUGGUGCUCUGCCCUCUGAUCCAGUUUUCACCUCCUUUGCCCCACAAGCCACAGAAGAGCUUCCUGCCAUUCAGGAGAAUGAGGACCCAGAGGCAGAAAGGGAACGGCAGUACCAACAGAGUCGCUCCUAUGUGGCCCUGAACCAUCGGCUCCAGCUGGCCUGUGGCCUGCUGAAACAGAAGUGUGAGGAGUUGCGGCAGUCUGGGGACAGCCUUGAGCAAGACAUCUUAGAGAUGAAGCAGAGGACCCUCUCUGAUGCACAGGGUUCCAGCUAUCUUCCUGGCGUGGCCUCCUCAGGUUGAUGUCGUUCGUGCUUUUUGAUGUGUUUUUGGAAGUGAAAUUCGGGACCUCUGUGUCUGCAGAGACACAGGCUUUUCUAGAAGCUGCUUUUCUAAGGCUUGCCUGCCAGUUCUGGCCCCCUGGAUUUUCCUCCACCCUUUUCUCUCUUUCAGCCUACCUGCCCCUUCAGACUUGAGGCCCCAUCUCCAUUGGGGGAAGGGUGGAGGAAUAUUGCAGUAUGACAUCUACCUCUGGCCCUUUAAGGAGGACAAGAAGGCCCCACAGAGCUUCACAUGUCCUAUCGGGAACUGAAGCCAGUUGUUGCACACAACCAUUGGGGUCACCUGGGGAGGUCAGGAUUGACCUGGACAAAUUUGAGUGCCUAAGGGUAUCUAGAACAGAAUCUGAACCAGACUGUAACUGAGGACCAAGUC